AUGUAUCCAACUCCUCAAUUUGACUUCGUAAUUAUGCGUUGGCUGGUUGUUAAUCAUAAUACUAACGGGCCCAAGAAUUUCAAGAAACUAUUUAAGGCAGAUGGCCGUGGCGAGGAAGCUGACGAAGAGAGCUUAUCGCCACUGUCUUCUUGUAUGAAUAUUAAUGCCAUAUCUUCGAGUACGUCCUCUGAUCAAUCUCCGAAAAAGACUAAUGCAAGCUUCACUUUCAAUGGACCUAAUAGUUUGUAUCCCGAUUUACCGUCUCGAUAUCGGUUGUUCAAUAUACUUGGCGAAGGAGCAUUUUCAACUGUCUAUGAGGCUAAGGACUUACAACAUAAGUCUCAUGUAGCUGUGAAAGUUAUAAGUAAAGAGAAUUUAUCAGUAAGACAAUUGGCAAAUGUUAAAAAUGAAAUUAAUGUAAUGAAGAAAGCGAAUAAUCAUGAAAACGUUUUAAAACUAUUGGACCACUAUGAUACUGAAAAGCAUUGCUUUUUGAUCCUAGAGUAUUGCGAUGGUGGUGAAAUUUUUAACAAAAUCAUCGAAUAUACAUAUUUUAGUGAAAACCUUUCACGUCAUGUUUUCAGGCAACUUUUAUCAGCGAUUGAUUAUUUGCAUAAUCAAGCUCACGUUGUCCACAGGGAUAUCAAACCUGAAAAUCUCAUUAUCAAAAGAAUUAAAUAUUUCGAACGCUCAAGGGAAGAAUUUCUUGCUUCAAAGAGAGCUUCAGAUGAUGACUCCAAAAUAGAUGAGGGUAAAUUUAUUCCUGGAAUUGGUGGAGGUACUAUUGGCAUAAUAAAACUAGCUGAUUUUGGUCUAGCGAAGCAGCUUAAGUCUGAAUCGUCUAACUUUGACUCUGCAUUGAAGACCCCCUGUGGAACAGCAGGAUACACUGCUCCAGAGGUUAUCACUUGCAACGAUAGAUCAAAUGACCGUACUAGAUUUUUUAGUGCUACCUCAAAGAAAAAUAAUUACUCGAAAGCGGUCGAUAUUUGGUCGUUAGGUUGCUUGUUGUAUACUGUCCUCUGUGGCUUUCCUCCAUUUUAUGACGAUGAUCCAGAAAACUUGACAGCGAAGAUUAUCAAAGGACAAUAUCUGUUUUUGAAGCCGUGGUGGGACGAUAUAAGUGAUGAUGCCAAAAAUUUGAUUGAUCGCAUGCUUGAUGUGAAUCCUGAAUCCAGGAUCUCUAUCAAGGAGAUAUGGCAACAUCCUUGGGUCAAAAACGUUACCUUUGAUCAAGAAGUUGAUAUAGAUACAACUUGUGAUAAUUACUUCUCUUCCAAUGAUACUAAAUUUAAUGAUAGCUAUUCUGAAUCAUUAAAGGAUUCGGUGGAACAUAUCGAGUAUUCAGAGGACCACUUAUCAGUAGCAAAAACUAUUUGUGGUACUUCUCCAUUAUUUUCACCGAGGGCUAAUGCGAUUCGGAUGGUCUUCAAUAAUCGAGCAAUGGCCCAUGCGGGUUCAUCUAUAUUGAAUCAAAGUACUCACUCGAAAAGUUCAGUUCAAUUUAUCGAAAACAUAUCUGAAACGAACAAUUCCUCUGAUGAAACUGACUCGUGCUUAAAGAGGGACCUUUAUAAAAAUCAUCCUAGGACUCCGAAUCCAACACUGGAUGAUUUGAAUGACUUGAAUUUCAAAGAUGUCUUUAAAGUUGAUAAGAUAAUUGAAAGCGUACAUAAGUCUGAAGAUGAUCAUAGCGAUAAUGAGUACGAAGACGAUGAUGUUGGUAGUGGUGAAGAUGAUUUAGCAAGCCUAGACAAUGAUUUCACCAAAAGAAGGGAUUCAUCUCAAAAGUCACCAAUAUCGCUAGAUUCAGAUGAAGAAGCUUCUGACUACCGAACAAGGUCAUCAUCUAUCAUAUCAGGUAUUGCAGGUGAUUUCAAAUUUACAUUGAAUUUGAAUGACUCAAAUCUUUUAACAAGAAGAAGAUCAUCUACCUUGAAGUCUCUAAGUAAAAUCAAUUCAGGUACUUCUUCACUUCGUCAACGUACUGUUGAUCCCACUGCAUAA